ACUUGUAGCAAGAAGCUGAAGUGUGUAUUGAGAGAGAGAGAGUGAGUGAGAGAGUAUGGCAAGGCACUGUGUUAUGUUGGUUCUUGCUCUCGUAGUGGUGCAAGCUACGGCUAGAAAUGUGCCUAGCGGUGCUGGCCUCAAUGACCAGAAGAACUUCCUCACGUAUGGUGGAGUCGGUGGUUUUGCUGGGGUCGGCGGUGCUGGAGCUGGUGGUGGAGUUCCGGUGUACGGCGGAGUUGGAGGGAUCGGUGGGAUCACGGGGCCGGCCGGUGGAGCUGGGAUUGGAGCCGGUAUAGGAGGAACCGGCACCCUCGUGGGUGGGGUGACCGGAAUAGGAGGCGGUGUUGGUGGUUUGGAUGGGGUCGGCAGUGGAGCUGGUGGUUUGGGUGGGGUAGGCGGUGGGAUCGGUGGUUUGGGCGGCGCUGCUGGUGGUGGCGUUGGGGGAUUGGGCGGUGGAGUCGGCGGCGGCGUUGGAGGUGGAAUUGGAGGGGGCGUACAUCCAUAAGCUUAUUGUGAUAUUUUCAUGAAACCCUAGAGUGUCCAAAAAUCAUGUAGGAGACUCAUUUCCCGGUGUCUUUGUUCACGUGUUUCUAUGUUUUGAGUGUGCGUGAGAAAUGUGUUUGUGUCGUGUCCGUUGACUUGUUCUUCAGAUUGUACUUCUCAUUCUCUCGUUUCAUCGUGGGGUUUCCGCACGAAAAUGUACCAUGCAACUCACUAGCAUGUCUUUCAUGAUGUUAUUGGCAAUGCAAUUUUCUAUAUUUUUGCCUUUA